AUGGGAAGCCAGAAAAACACACCAUCACCAAGCAGCCCAAAGAGAAACUCAAAAACACUACAUGACCUAUUUGAACAAGAGAAACCACCUUUCCCCAUCCCAUCUUCUCCUGCUUCAGGAAAUGAAGAACUUGUCAAUGCUAUUUCUUAUUGCACCUUCGUUUUCACCUUCACUGAUCCUUCAGAAUCUCCUGCUCAGAGAGACUCCAAGCGGCUCCAACUCACAAGGCUCAUAUCUAUAUUGAAGUCCUCCAAGAAGCCAGUGCAUGAGAAAGUUCUGGGACCUCUAGUGGCCAUGAUCUCAGCCAAUCUCUUCAGGCCACUCCCUCCAUCUACCAACCCUUCUUCCAUCUCAGACUUGCCUGAAGAAGAAGACCCCAUCUCCACAUUUUCACCUUUAUGGUCACAUCUCCAAAUAGUUUAUGAAAUCCUACUCAGGCUUGUUAAUAGCAUAGACCAAAAAAUGCUGAGGGAGUAUAUAAAUCAUUCUUUCCUCCUCAAGCUCCUAGCACUUUUCCAGUCUGAAGAUCCAAGGGAACGUGAAAGUUUAAAGAAUGUGUAUCACAAGAUAUAUUCUAAGUUCAUCUCUGAUCGUUCUGUCAUGAGGAAAUCAAUGACAGAUGUGCUCUUGAACUAUGUGUUUGAGACAGAGAAGCAUCCUGGUAUUGCAGAAUUGCUUGAGAUAUGGGGAACCAUAAUCAAUGGAUUUACCGUGCCACUGAAGGAAGAGCACAAGUUGUUCCUCAUGAGAGUGCUCAUUCCUCUGCACAAGACCAAGGGAAUGCAAGUGUACCAUAGGCAACUGGCUUACUGCGUAUCACAGUUUGUGCAGAAGGAGCCUAUGCUUGGAGGAGUUGUUGUUAGAGGAAUUUUGAGGUACUGGCCUGUCACAAACUGUCAAAAAGAAAUCUUGUUAAUUGGGGAGUUGGAGGAUCUGGUGGAGAAUUUAGACCCUGACCAAUAUCGUAAGUUGGCCUUGCCCUUGUGUACCCAGAUCACAAAAUGCAUAAACAGUUGGAAUUCCCAGGUAGCCGAGCGUGCACUGUAUGUAUGGAACAAUGAGCAGUUCGUGAAAAUGGCAUCAACAGGAAUGGUAGAAGUAUUUCCUGUAAUAGUAGAAGGAAUGGAGAAGAACCUGAAGUGGCAUUGGAGCAAGAGCGUUCGGCAACAGACAGAAAGUGUGAAGGUGAUGCUGGAAGAAAUGGAUCCAGUUCUAUAUUCAAAGGGUCUCAGGGACAUGGAAGCUAAAGAAUCAGAGGCACAUCAACAACAUAUCAAGAGAAAACUGAGAUGGGAGAGAAUAGAAUCGGCAGCUGCCAAGAAUCAGUUUCUCAAUCCUCAAUAUUAUAUUUGUGUCUCCCACUGA